AUGAGAGGGGACGUAUACUAUUCGCUGUUUUUCUUCUCUUUCUUGUCUAUUAUUAGUGUUUCAAUUGGGAGACAUACGUCGAACUGGGCAGUGCUUGUUGAUACAUCACGAUUUUGGUUUAAUUAUCGACACAUAAGCAAUGUUCUUUCCAUCUAUCGCAGUAUUAAACGACUAGGAAUACCAGACAGUCGCAUUAUCCUUAUGGUGGCAGAUGAUGCCAGUUGUAACGCACGAAAUCCGAGACCUGCAACUAUUUUUAAUAGCCCUUACAAUCGCGUAAAUCUAUAUGGGGAGGAAAUAGAAAUUGACUAUCGUGGUUAUGAAGUUACCGUUGAGAACUUUAUCCGUGUACUAACUGGACGUUUGCCUCCAUCGACGCCCACUUCUAAGCGUCUGAACACUGACGAGCACAGUAACGUCUUAAUAUACAUGACAGGUCAUGGUGGCAAUGGUUUCCUGAAAUUUCAAGAUGACAAUGAACUUUCUAAUAGUGAACUGGCUGAUGCAAUUGAACAGAUGUGGCAAAAGCGCAGGUAUCAUGAAUUACUGUUUGUUGUCGAUACAUGUCAAGCUGAAUCUAUGGGCAAACUGUUUUACUCUCCAAAUGUAGUUGCAAUCGGUAGUAGUGCAGUCGGUGAAGAAUCUUUGUCUUUGCAUGCUGAUCGUGAAAUCGGAACCUACGUGUCUGAUCGAUAUUCUUUUUAUGCAUUCAAAUUUUUGGAGUCACUUACACCAGAGAGUAAAAAAACUUUAUACGAAUUUUCUCAUUUGUGUCCAUAUUCACUUUGUCAGUCAACUGUAGUCACUCGAUCUGAUUUAUUUGGACGUGAUAUACGCCGUGUCCUUGUAACAGAUUUUUUCGCUAGUGUACGUCAUAUCAUUCCUGGACCAGUAUUAUUACAGUUUAACAAAUCCAUGUCGUUGAAUGAAGACGAUUCGAAUCUGAAUGAAAUCAAUGAAACCUUAACUGAUGCAAAUUCCAAGAGGAGACAGUUUUCUUAUAUUGAACCUAUUGAUCGUGAUCUGUGA